AUGUCGGACGCGCUGAUCAACGGCCUCGCCGGCGCCGGCGGCGGGAUCGUCGCCCAGCUCCUCACCUACCCCCUCCAGACCGUGAACGCGCGGCAGCAGACGGAGCGGGACCCCUCCAAGCCGGCGUUCAAGGACAGCGCCGUCCGCCAGUUGUGCCUGGUGGUGCAGAACGAGGGGUGGGAGCGGCUCUACGGCGGCCUGGCGCCCUCGCUCGUCGGCACCGCCGCGUCUCAGGGUGUCUACUACUUCUUCUACCAAAUAUUCCGGAGCAGGGCGGAGGCAGCAUCCCUUCGGCGAUCCAUUAGAGGAAUUGGGGAUGGAUCCGUCGGGAUGUUCCAAUCACUCACUGUCGCUGCACUUUCUGGAUGCGUUAAUGUACUUCUCACGAACCCAAUUUGGGUUGUUGUCACACGAAUGCAAACUCACAGAAAGGCAAACAAACAGCAAGGCCCUCAGGAUCAGGGUUUGACAUCUGCUCUUGAUAAGGCCCUACAACCUGCCCCAGUGGAAAACGUCCCUCAUAAAACUAUCAAUGUUAUUCAGGAUCUUUACAAGGAAGCUGGAGUGUUUGGCUUCUGGAAAGGGGUUAUUCCAGCUCUUAUUAUGGUCAGCAAUCCCGCAAUUCAGUUCAUGCUGUACGAGACUCUUCUUAAGAAGCUGAAGAAGAGACGUGCCUCUAAUUUUAAGGGGGCUCAGGGACUGACUGCUAUUGAAGUUUUUCUUCUCGGAGCUGUUGCAAAACUGGGUGCAACUCUUGUUACAUAUCCUCUUCUAGUUGUGAAGGCAAGACUUCAGGCGAAGCAAAUGAUCGAUGAUGACAAGAGGCAUCGCUACAAAGGCACGUUUGAUGCAAUCACAAAAAUGAUGCAUUAUGAAGGCCUGUCAGGGCUUUAUAAAGGAAUGGGCACAAAAAUUGUACAGAGUGUUUUUGCUUCUGCUCUCCUUUUUAUGAUCAAGGAGGAGCUAGUGAAAGGUGCUCGAUUCUUGGUAACCGGUGACACCAGCCUGGUAAAGAAGUUGCCUUCAAAACCCUCAAGAUGA